CAUCUUUCUCUCUCUCUCUCACAGACCACACCACACCACCCGCAUUUAUUCACCUCCUGUUCCUCCCUUCCUUUUAUCCAACCCCUACACAGAUUUAACCCUAAACCUCUUCUCUCUCUCUCUCUCUCUCUCUCUCAGUGUUAAUUUGUUGCUUCUUGGGUCUCUACUGUUUUUUUUUUAAAUUUAUAAUUUUCAUUUUCAAGGCUUCUGUUUGAAUUUGGUGGAUGACUUCAUGGUGACAGGAUGUGCAUUUUCACCGCCAUGAAUAAUCCACUUUAUCUUCUCUUCAAAGCCACCAGAGCCAUUAUGCUUCUGCAUUUUCUUCUUCUCUCUCCAGCCUCCUGUUUUAGCACUCAUUCUCUCCGGGGCCUUUUAUUUGAGGAGAAAACCAGGCUGGGAUCCACGCCGCCCAGCUGCCACAGCAAGUGCAACCAGUGCCAUCCAUGCAUGGCGGUCCAGGUGCCUACAAUACCCAGCCACGAUCGGGUCGAAACGGGCAUGACCCGAUCCUUCCCAAUGAUGUUCUUCGACCCAUCUCAUCCGGGUACCAACAACAAGUACUCCAAUUACAAGCCUCUGGGUUGGAAAUGCCACUGUGGUGACCACUUCUUCAACCCUUGAGCUAGUUCAAGUUCCAUGGGGAAAUUUCAUGUCAAAAUGGAGCUGGGUUUCGUUUAGAUUUGUAAACUACAAUUGAUUUGUGAUUUUUCAGUUGUGAUUUGGGAUUUUGUAAUUUUGUUUAAGGGGAGAGGGCAUUAAUUCUUUAUAAACAAAUAAGAGAAAAACUUGUAUAUCACGGAUAUAACACUGUUUUGUUAUUCUCAACAAAUUUUGUUUCGACCUUCACGAUAACUUUUUCACAAGGCAAAACGUGAAUAGCAAAACAAUGUUAUCCCGUGUUUACGUUCUUAUCCACAAACGGGCAUGUGUCUGGUGUUGUUGUCACCAUUAAAUCUCUGCACUUAGAUAUAUUAUAUUAUACAAUGUACAUAAAUUUGUA